GGCACAAAUCAUACAUCCCACUGUAAAGCUGUCUGUAAUAUCUGCGAUGACAGUGUGAUAUGCGACCGUUAUUUGUACUAUUUUAUCUCGCGCCUGUGUACGAUCAAAGCGACGGCGGUGUGCUAUCAGCUGACGGUGAUUUAUCAGAAUGAAUGAAAUGUAAAGCCUGUUGCAUUCUGCAAUCAAGAGUGUUGGGGGUCUGGAGUCACAGGGCUGUUGGUGUGAAAUGGAGUUCCUUCAUUUAUCACUUCUCGUCUGGCUUUGAAUCGGCUCAUUCACGACACUGAGUGAAGUGGCGCGGCGAGAGGGAGGAGUUAACCAGCGUCUGACACAGCUUUGCGGCAGAUAUGAGUGGAAUCCUGAAGAGAAAGUUUGAGGAGGUGGAGGGGGCAUCGCCCUGCUCAUCGCUGAGGGAGUCUGAGGAGGAGGAGAUAUUGAGCACUGAGAGUGGAGACAGCAGUGACAGCGUCAACCCGUCGGCCUCACACUUCAGCCAUUCUUCAUCAGCAGCAGCAUCCUCAUCAUCACAGACACUGCAGCGCACUGCAUCCUCCAUCCUGAAGCGCGAGAAGAGGAUGAGGACGAGGCGUGUGCGCUUUGAGAAGGUGACGGUGUAUUACUUCAGCCGCAGGCAGGGCUUUACCAGUGUGCCCAGUCAGGGUGGCAGUACUCUGGGCAUGUCCAGCAGACACAGCUGCAUCAGACAGUACACACUGGGCGAGUUCGCCAUGGAGCAGGAGAGGAUCCACAGGGACAUGCUCCGAGACCACCUUAAAGAGGAGAAACUCAACUCUAUACGAGUCCGGUUGACGAAGAACGGUUCUGUAGAGUCGGAGGAGGCGAACGCACUGACGCUGGACGAUAUCUCUGACGAUGACCUGGACAUUGACAACACUGAGGUGGACGAAUACUUCUUCCUGCAGCCUCUGACCACCAAGAAGCGUCGCGCUCUACUGCGCUCAUCUGGUGUUAAGAAGAUCGAUGUGGAGGAGAAACACGAGCUGCGAGCCAUCAGGGUGUCCAGAGAGGACUGCGGCUGCGAUUGCCGACUCUUUUGCGACCCCGAGACCUGCACAUGCAGUCUCGCCGGCAUCAAGUGUCAGGUGGACCGAAUGUCAUUCCCAUGCGGUUGCACAAAAGAGGGCUGCAGCAACGCAGCUGGUCGGAUAGAGUUUAACCCCAUCCGUGUCCGGACACAUUUCCUGCACACCAUCAUGAAGCUUGAACUAGAAAAGAGCCGAGAACAGCAGCAGAAUUCCGGCACUGCGGCCACUGCGACUGGCAACGGUUUCCACAGCGACCCGAAUGGUCACUGCAGCCCGCUGACGAUGGGCCAGCAUGCACUGGAAUACGCAAUCCCCAAUUCCGUUCCGUCGAGCACUGUCAUGCACCUGCAGGCUGGCGAUGACAUGGAUGAGGCCUUGGAUGAGGAAGAAGAGGAUGACGAGGAUGAGGAAGAAGAUGAUGAGGAAGACGAUGAAGACGAGGAUGAGAGCAGCAGUCUAUGUAGUCUGUCUGACUCAAGCUUACAGAGUUUGGCAAACAGUGACUCUGAGGAGGAGGAAGAUGAUGAAGAUGAAGUCAACACGGAGGAAUUCGACGCUCGACUGCCGACUAUGCCAACGCCAUGCAGUGAGGUGGCUACGCCCUCUGUGAUGUGUUACCCAGAGAAUACGGUUACAUCGUACAACCAAACCAAUGGCAAUUCAUACUACAUUAGCUCCACGGCAGAGUACUAUCAGAUGGAAAACGCUGCACCACUUUUAACCACCAACAACCAUGCUAGUGACGCCUACGUAGAGGACUCCGUUUCUUAUCAAGAAAGGGUUAAUGACUCAAGUAGGAUCAUAUCUCAGGGUCCCUUUAAUGUGACCACUGACCAGUACACGGACUACUCCCAACACCCCGAACAGCCAUACACCAAUCACCACUUCACCCUCGACAAUGGAUCGACAGCUGUGAUUGGCCGUUGUGCUCCAGAAGCAGAUAAAAGCAUCCAAUCCAAAGGGCCCUUCCUCAGCCAAUCAGAAGAGCUAAGCCAGAUGAAAUUCCAAAACUAUCUGAACAACAACAAUACGCAGGAUGGCUACACCGCCAAUGGUAACUGUUACAUAGCUGAACAGCCAAAAGAGAUGCCUCACAAUCUGCCUGACAUUUCGUUAACGGACAACACGAAAGGACCAGCUAUACUGGAUGCUUUCGCAGAGCCUACCCCAGUUUAAGUUUGAGACGUUUGAUUCAAAUUGUGGUGAGAUUAUAAAAGUAGCCUUUGAUUCUGCCCACCGUUGUUCCAAUUCGUCUAACAUUGGUGGGACGGGUCCAUAAAUAUGUAUUUUUACUGGAAUAAAAAAAAAAACGGUAUAAGCGGCAAAAUCAUAUUGUAUAACAGAAAUGAUAAGCUUUGGGGCCAAAAUAUACUCUCUGCAAAUAUGUGAACACAGACAAUUCUGUUGUGCAUCGGAGAGCAAUUCAUAAUACAAUGCAACUAUUCAUUGUAUUCUUAGUGCUGCCACAAGUGGUGCUAUACUGUAGUUGGCAUUAGCAUAAACUGUCUUAUUUUACCGUCAGUUUUCCAUUUCAUGUCAACUACCAUCAUGUUGAAGCAACGGUUUGAAGAAAAUCUUGCUAAACAAAUUAGUUAAACUUUUGCAUUGUUUAUUGCUAGAUAGCUAAUAAUAAAGCAUCUAGUUUAAAGGCACAGACAUUUUAAGAUAACUGUUACUGUCAACAAAAAAAAAGAAAUGCAAUCACAGUGCAAUUCAUAACGCGCAGCAGCAAAAAUGCAUUGUAUUCUUAGUGCUGCCACAAGGGGCGCUAAUUGGCAUUAGCAUAAACUGUCUUAUUUUAACGUCAGUUUUCCAUUUCAUGUCAACUACCAUCAUGUCGAAGCAAUGGUUUGAAGAAAAUCUUGCUAUUCAAAUUAGUUAAACUGUCGUCCAUGUUUAGAGCUAGCUAUCUAGCUAAUAAUAACGCAUAUAAAAGGCACAAACAUUUUUAGCUAACUCUUUGUUAACGUCAAAAACUCGGGACCGUGCACUUGCAAAGCUGGCAUAGCGUUCGGAUCAACGUAUUUGCGUAAAGUAUAUUUCUGGCCUCGCACUAACGCAAUGUUCUUGUAAUUUCAAAAGUUCUAGUUUUGAGCAGAAAUGUGGAUAGAACUUUUCUAUGUAUUUGUGUCAGUGUUGCAAAAAAGAAAACCGAAAAAAUUAAUUGUUGCUGUUCGUGUUCUGAAGUAAGUGUAUAUCUAAAUGGUUAACAAAAGCAUGUUUUUUAGCGUUCAUCGUUAGUUUAUGGUUUAGUAGUUCAAUGUACUGUAAAAGAGAAAAUACUUUUGCGAUUUCGUACACAUAUAUUAUGUUUUAUCAAGAGUUAGUAAAAGCAUGAAAAUGGCUCUUAAAAGAUGUGCUGGUCAUUUGCCUUUCGCUAACAAAACCAAAACCAUCAUAUUUAAGUUGUGAACACAAUACAUUUUCUCAACACAAUUGCACUUUUCCAUUGGCUGAUGUUACACAACCGUAACCAAUCAUUAUCGGAGCACUGAGGGGGGCGGGGCUAUCUGGUACCGUGCCAUGACAAUGGCUCUGUUCAUUAUAGCCUACUACCAUACUGUACCUACUAUUGCCGCAGUUUACUUACUACACUUGCUAAAAUGUGCAGUAUACAACUCUCACGCAAAAAUAACCAUUUAUUAGUUCAUAAUUUUCAUAAGAAGACAGCAGACCUGACUGAAAUGCAAUGUGACAACCAGACUACAGUUUGAACUUUGAAUUAAUACUAACAAAUUAGCAAGAAGUAUGCAAUGUAUACAAUACUGCACAUAUUGGCAAACUGCAGUAAGUUAUCCGCUUAGUCCACGCAUACUGCAGAAAUAGUAAAAAUAGCAUGGUAAAAUACUAUUUCGAACAUAGCCUUUGAUCUUAUGUUUUUAUACCAAGUUUUUAAUGGAGACAUAACACUAUUAUUAUCAUUAGAGAGCUACAUAUCACUAUCACCAUUUGCUUUAAAAAAGUCAGAGUGUAGAUAGAAAAUUAGUUCGAUGACAGAUUUAACUUUUUAAAAGCAGAUUAAGAUACACAAACUGAAAUACUGAAGUCUUUGGGAUUAUACAGGGAUUUGUGAUGAAAUGCACUUUGCAAUGCAUCAAGUUACUGCGAAUGAAGCAUUCCAUUUCAGUCAGGUGAAGAUUAUUUUUAAGUGUUUAAACUCUAGAAGACAAAAUAUCUAAUAUAAGAUUAGCAAAAAGUAGUCAUUUACAUUUAUUGCAUUAAUAAGUGUUGAAUGGAUGAAAGCCAGAAAGAUGAACAGAUUUUUCUCAAGUUAUAGCGAGAAAUAUUUUAAGGCAUGACAUUUGUUUCAUCCCUUGUUAAUUUACAAAUGAACUAUAACUGAGCAAAUCAUUCUAAAGAGUCAUUUGUUAAGUGCAAUAGUUUACGCAGUGGCUAAUAUUCAUUUCACAUUCUUUUCCUACCUAGUUAAAGGGACAGUUCACCCAAAAAUGAAAAUUCUGUCAUCAUUUACACAGAAUUAUGAUGUUCCUUACACAAAUAUAUUGUAUUGCUUCAGAAGACCUGCAAUAUAGUGCACAAGUUACCUUUUAAAUAUUCUCUUGUUGUGGUUUGGAACAACAUGAUGGUGAGUUAAUGAUGACGUAACUCAUUUUCGUGUCAACUGUCCAUUCAAAGCACGGACUGGUUUAAAGAUGAAGCUCUAAUUUUCAACUCACAAACAUUAUGACGCAUCUGUCGGUUUAUCCUCUUAAAGGAAAGAGUCGUUGUCUAAUGGAGAAUCUCUGUCAAUAAGCUCAAUACAUUACAAUCCAUUUCCUUUUAUGUCAUUACCAUAGUAGCGUGACCUUGUGGGGUGGGACUGAAAUACUCGAAUCCUUAAAGAUGAUGUCAUUUCUUGACGUUAAGAUAUUCUCUACUAUCCCGGCUGAUUUUCCCAACAAGUUUAGAUUGUUUGGAGUACAAAACUGGUACAAAAUCCCAUGGACUUAAAUUGGAACGGGCGACCAGAACACCUUAGCAACACCCUCGUUUAAUAGUGGUGAGAUUUAUACGGGCAAAAUCUAGUUAUUUUUGCAUGUAUGGUGCCAUAUGUUGCAGACAUUACACACCUCGCCUUUAAAGAUUAAAUAUUUUCAUAAAGGAAGGGAGAAGCUGAUGUGUUGUCAAAUGAUUGAAAAUACUGAAUGUUUUCUAAGGAUAUAAUUUGGUGGGCAGCAGCAUUGAAACACUGACUUGGCUUAAGACAUGGUUUACUUAAAAAAACAGGAAUGCAUUCAUUUUAUAAUUCAUUUUUGCCAUCGUGUCUAACUCGAAGAGGUCAAAUUCACACUUUGUUUUGCCUUUUAGGAUUUAUUGUCUGGAGUUUGGUUCAGAUUUAUUGUAUUUACACAGUGCUGGUCCAAGAAAACUAAUUCUUUGAAAUAUGGGAUAUAAGAUACAAGUCUGACUAUAAAUGGUAUCGAAUGCGGGCAGGAGCAAUCAUGUCAUGUUACCAGUUAGAUUCUCCUCAUUCUGUUUUCAGUAUUUCUUAUGAAUGAUCUAUUAUAAUGUGUAUUUAUUGUGCGUUCCUUAAACGAUAUGUAUUGAAUAAAAAGUUUUUGUU